AUGGAUCUAUCUAAUCUUCGGGAAAGCCUAGAAUCUUCCAGCAACCAAAACCAAAAUGUGCCAAGUCGUAUUUACGACGAAAUGCUUACAGCCGAGUUUCGAGGACGGAAGAAUAUCCAGGGGGCUUUUCUUGAAGGAUACACCAAGGCCAUCCGUGAUGUCAUUGACUGCCUCCCACCGUCUGCCUCCAUGGUAGAGCCUGAGCAAGCUCAGGUAGAGUUAGAUCGACUCCGUGACUACUUGGUACGACGCCUGGAGGCGUUGCAAGGUGAUGCACAGGAACAGGAGGAUACAUCAGAUGCGCGUCAUAUGUCUACGACAGAGACUCCUACGACGCUCUCGUUGCAUCAGCGCCGUGCAGGGGACCAGCGCCACCAUUCAGAGCAGAACACUACGAAUCAUGGCGGAGCGUCCCCUCGUACAUCUUCGCCUACGAUGGAGCGGAAACAUAUGCGAAAGCCGACAAAUCGUCGCAACAAUAAUGAGCCACAGUGCGCGUCCGAGUCGCCUGCGCCGCCACCGUCGCAAACUCAACGAGGACCUGACCGUCCACGCAAGCGCCGGCGGCCUAUUCGCCCAACUCGCUCCAAUAACGCGUUAUGA